AUGCAUAUCCUCUCCGAGCCAAACGUCUCCCAGAUCUUCCGCGGUCUAACACAAGGCCAAUGCCACAGCUUCAUCUCAGCACUCGGCAAUGCCUUAAUCAGCAUAACUCAAGAAUCAAAACCCUCAACCCCAGCAUCUGCCAAAAAAAUCCAUCAACCCCUCCGCACAGUCUUCACCACAAGCGAUGACAACACCUGCAUCUUCAUGCCGGUAUCGGACACCGCAUCCACCGGCAUAAAAGUGGUAACAGCCAGUACCAGCGGAAUCCAAGGCGUAAUCAACAUCUUCAAUCCAGAAGGCCGACUCCAAGGCCUCCUCGCCGCAGCAGAAGUAACAGCCUUCCGCACCGCCCUGGCAACAAUGACCCUCUUCGUGCGCUGCACGACCUUCCGCAAGGACAACAUUCUUGUUCUCGGCAGUGGUCGCCAGGCAGAGUGGCAUGCGCGUCUUGCGCUUCUACUGUACCCGGAUCAAGUUCGACGGGUGACGUUUGUGAAUCGCGGCGCGAAGAGGCUAGCCGAAAUGGAGAGAGAUGUUGUUUCCGAGUUGCGCAAAACUUACCCCGGUGUUGUAUUCAGCAUGCUUGCCAAAGAGGGUGUCGAUGACUACGAGCAGCGGCUAGGGGAGGAACUUGCUGCUGCGGAUGUUAUCUUUAGUUGUACGCCUGCCACCGUGCCGAAUUUUGGAUACGAGGCGCUGCAGACGAACCCUAAGCAGCGGUUCAUCUCACUUAUUGGCUCCUACAAGCCUAAUAUGCAUGAGAUUGAUACUGAGACGCUGCUUUCUGGGGAUGGGAAAGUUUAUGUUGAUUCUAAAUCGGCUUGUUUGGAGGAGGCUGGGGAGUUGAUCACUGCGGGUCUUGGGGAGGAGCAGUUGGUUGAGAUGGGGGAUCUUUUGGGAGCUGAUGGCAUGGAUGGGACGCUUAAUGUUCCUGCUGGUUGUAAUGUUGUUUAUAAAUGUGUUGGUAUGGGAUUGAUGGAUCUUGUUGUUGGGAAGAAGGUUCUUGAUGUUGGGGUUGAGAUGGGGCUUGGGACUCAUGUUGAUGGUUUCUAG